AUAUGUCAUAGCGGCACACAAAUAAUCAUCAUCGUUUUAAAUAUUUUAGAGAGAGAGAGAGAGAGAGUGAUUGUGCGAUCCACGAAGCUGCGUUUUGAUAAUCAAUCAGGUUGCAGAAGCGAUGGAUCUGGAGGUGGUAGGGCGGCACGCGAUGCUGUUCGACGACGACGGCAUGGCGGCGUUCGUGAACUCAGCGGAAGCUCUGGUCGAAUGGAACUCUCUCUCCAUCGACCGCUACGAUGUCCGCCACCUUCUCUCCGCUCCCCUCCCUCCGCGCCUCAAGCGCCGCCCUCCUCUGCCUGAACCCGACCUCGAUCAACAACGUUAUCUCGAUCUCCCUUCAUCUUCUCCUGACGACGAACAACCACAAGAUGAUGGUUCAAAUCCAUUGAGUUCAACCGGCUUUCAUGCUGUUGCCUUUUCAUAUGGAAAUUCCAGUGUUUCCACGGAGACAAAGGACAAUGAUACCGAGCCUAGUUUUCAUCCUAAUUUCCCAGUACCUGAAAGCCUACUCAGUAACCUGAUGCUCGGAGCAUAAACGGAGUUCUUGUGACUCAAGGUAGCCAUUCACAGGCACCUUGUUUCCUUUUGAUGUCAUGAGAAGGGGCCGUGCAGGUGGGAUUAGGAUGAUAGAAAUUCGUUGAUUAUUUACCUCUUGAGAGAAAAUGGGAUGAUACAUGUCUUCAUAAAGUUGUUUCUUGAUCUUUAUCAUUAACAAAGUAUAUGUGAGGUUGUCUUAUGUUUGUUUAGUAAGAUACAAGUGUCUAAAUAUUCUGCUUGGCUAGACCCUUUCUAAGUUUAUACUUGCACUAAUUUUGAAAUUCACAUUUAUUGAUGAAGAAACAUUUUUUGUUUGUUUUUCUUUUCCAGCCUCCAAAUGAGAGAGUACAUCAGAUUAUUUCAAGGACUGCAACAUUUGUCAGCAAACAUGGAAGCCAAUCAGAAAUCAUCCUGAGGGUGAAACAAGGAGACAAUCCAACUUUUGGAUUCCUAAUGCCUGAUCAUCAUCUUCAUGCGUAUUUUAGGUUUCUUGUUGAUCACCAAGAACUUCUGAAAGUUGACAAAGAUGAUGGAAGCUCAACUGAGGACAUGAAUAGGACUCUGGGGCUUGAUCAAACAGGUGGUGCAUUGUCUUUGCUUGGAUCCGUCUAUGGAUCUGGAGAGGAUGAGGAUGCUACAACUGAGAAUACUUGUGAUGUUGAGAAAAAAGAAUGUGAGGGAGCUGUUGACGCUGUUAGUACUUAUACUUCUCCUGGAAUAGAUCAGGCAGAAUCUUAUUCAGAUGUGGCCAAGAAGGAUGGAAGCAUUUCUAAAAAUCUGAUACCCUCUUUGAAAGAAAAAGUUCCUGUCAUAAAGCGGAAUCAUUCUAUCAGUACUGUUAAGACUGCAACCACAGCUGGAGCAAAAGGUGAUGGCUUGGAUUCAGUAUCUAAUGCACAGAACAAGUUGCAGACUUCUGUGCGGAGUACUGCUAAGAUUGAACUCCCAGUUGUUGAACCUCCAUCUGAUUUAAAGAGAACUAUAGAGAAGAUAGUUGAGUUCAUCUUAAAAAAUGGAAAACAAUUUGAGGCUGUUCUUGCAGAACAGGAUCGACCUCAUGGAAGGUUCCCGUUUCUUCUGCCAUCUAAUCAAUACCAUACUUACUAUCUGAAAGUUCUUCAAACUGCUGAAGAGUUUAAGUUACUAGGCAAGGGCCACCAGAAGCACAAUCCAGCAGGUCAUACAGGUGACAAUAAUACUGCUGUAAAUGAUGAUAGUGACAAUCUUUCACAUGGAUCUAUGGCUUCUGAUCUACCACAUGACAUGGACCAAAAAGAAAAGUUCAAGAUGAUUAUUGGCAAGUCAAAGAAGUUUGGUCAAGAUCCAAUUCCUAAAGACCAAGCUCAAAACACAAUUAGCAUGGAUGCGGCAGCAACAGCAGCUAUUCUUCAGGCUGCCACUAGGGGUAUUAAAAACCCCAAUUUGGAAGUUAUUACCAAGGCAUCAAGUGGUAGUGGUCAAGGCCUUGGAAGUGAUGGUGGGUAUUUGUCCAGCUCUGGGACUGGUAGUCUGUAUUCAUUUCGACCACAAGGUUUUGUUGGAAAUCAAAACCUGAAUGUAAAGGCUAGUGCUUCUGCCCCCGUUGCCAAGGCUAUUGCAGAAAAAGUAGCUAUUGCAGCAGCAGGUGAGGCAGAUUCCUCUGAAGCACACAUGACUAAAGAGCAAAAGCUUAAGGCAGAGAGAUUGAAACGAGCAAAGAUGUUUGCAGCCAUGCUAAAAAGUGGUGUUGGAGCAAGUGAACUUCCACGAGCAUUAUCAGUUGAGCCACCAGGCUCUGGAGUUUCAGGUUCAGAUGCUGAGACCGGGAAUCUUGUGGGUAAAGAAAGGGAAGGAAGUUCUGUUCCAUAUGAUGUUGAUAAUUCAGCUAAAAGUCAAAAGUCUGAGGAGAAACUUUCUACUGAUAUUAAUUCAGAUAAAAGUCGGAAAUCUGAGGAGAAACUUAUUGUUGAUGAUAAUGAACGCCGGUCAAAAAGGAAGUACCGUUCAAGAUCUGGUAGACAUGAAGAGGAUGAAGAAAUGGAGGAGGAAGAAGAAAACAAAGAAGAUAGAAGGGAUCAUAAACGAUCCAGAAAAAAACAUCGCUCUUCACACCAGAGUCAGGACAGGCAUAAGCACAAGAGAAAACAUUCCUCCUCCAAAGACAAGUAUUCUUCCAGGGGGACCAAGCAUGAUUGCUCCUCCUCUGAUGAUGAACAUCAUCGCUCAAGGCAUCAUCGUCAUAAAUAUGAUGGCUCCUCUGAUGAUGAACAACAUCAUCGCUCAAGGCAUCGUCGUCAUAAAUAUGAUGGCUCCUCUGAUGAAAAGCACCACCCUUCCAAACGACGACACAGAGAUGAUAGCUUGUCAGACCAUGAGCAUAGACAUUCUCACCAUUCUAAUAAAGAUUAUAGUUCAUCUGAUGAUGAGCAUAGGCAUCGAAGCAGAAAUGUAAGGCUUAAGAGCAGAUCUCGUGCUGAAAGAGAAACAGAGCUGGAGGAGGGGGAGAUAAUUUUGAAAUCGGAAAAGUCAGUAGUAAGUGGUGAAGUUGGACGUGCUAGUAGGGAGGCUUCUGAGGGAUUAUCUAAUGCAAGGGUACCAUCUCAAUCACCUGAAAUAACUGAUGUUUCUGAUGAGCUUAGAGCCAAAAUUCGAGCCAUGUUGAUGGCUAACUUAUAAAAGAUACUUGUAUAUGGGUCUGACAAUUGUAUUGCUUCACUUCUUUGGUAAUAUCAUAGUGCAUUGCUCCAUUGGGAACUUCCUGAA